AUGGCUUCAAUCGAACAAGAUGAUCUAUUUAAUGCCGAAGACGAUGAUAUGGAAGAUGAAUAUCAAGACAAUGAAAAUAGUCAAGAUUACGACAUGGAGCCCGAGGAUAAUCAGUUAGAGAAUGACAACGAUCAAGAAGAUGACGAUAUGAUUGAUGGCGAAGAUGACGAAAUGGAGGAUGACGAGGAGGGAGAAGAUGAAGAUGGCGAAGAGGGAGAUGAGGAAGAGGAUGAUGAGGAGGGAGAAGUCGAAGAAGAGGGCGAAGAAGAGGAAGGUGAGGUAGAUCCCGGGGCUGGGGCUGACGCCGGAGCUAAUAAUGCAGAAAGAGGAGAGAAUGCAAAGGUUGAUAUUGAUGAAGAUAAACCCCUUGCUGAGCAGACAGGGGAAAAAACUGAAGUGCCUACCGAAGAAGACAAAGUGGAGGCACUCGAAACUGAAGACAACAAUCAACUGGAUGCACCUCCCGACACUGCUCAAGAAAAUACACCAUCGAAACCAUCACAGGAUACACAAAUAGACUCAGGAACUCCCCACUCUCUAUCCACCGAGCCAACCAGAGAGGAAUUAAUCAACGACAUUGAAGAAUCAGAAACCAAUUUGCCAUUUCGUGAACAAAUCAUCGCUAAAGCACGUAAAGCCACUGAUUUCGACAUAAUUCCUCAAGUUGCCAUUCCAUAUACAUCUCAAUGUCAUGCAUUGGCAUUUACUCAGGGACCCAAAUGGAUCCUUACUGGUGGUGAAGAUGGAUUUAUACGAAAAUAUGACUUUAUACAAUCAGUUGAAGGAAAAGCACCAUUAACCAUGGCGCAAAAACACAAUUUAUCCGAUUCAUUAUCUAAUGGUGGUGUUAUAUGUUCAUAUUGGGAAAAUGAACAACCUUUAACCAGGAAGCAAUUGAUGAAACAAAACCCUAAAUUAAAAGAUUCGGAUUUUUCAACGGGUAGUGUAUCUUAUGAACCGAAAGUGAACCCUGUUUAUGCAUUGGAAGCAGAACGUAAUGGAUUAUGGUGUUUAUCAGGACUAUUGUCUGGUGGGAUUAGUCUUUAUACGAUGCGAUAUAAUGAAGGUACAAUUCAUCAUUAUUUCAACCAUGGAACAUCACAAUAUCGACGAAGAGGUCAUACUGAUGCUGUGAGCGCACUAAGAUUGAAUCAGGAGCAAGAUAGGUUCCUUAGUGGAUCAUGGGAUAAGACUAUUAGAGAAUGGGAUUUGAAUACUGGUAAAACUAUCAUUGAAUUUUUACCUUCAUCAGGACAAAUUUCAAAUAUACAAUAUCGACCUGAUGGAUUGGAAGAUGUGAAGUUUACCAUAACGGAUGGUUCUGGGGAUGUGACCAAUAGGGUGGAUAAGGACAACGCAAAUGAUGAUGAAGAUGAUGUUGAUUCAUUAUUUGGUGAUAGUGAUCAAGAAGAAAAGCAACAAGAAGAUAACAAACCAACAAAAGAUCAAGAAACACACCCAACACCAAAAGAAGCCCAAUCCAAAUCACACCUAAACUCAAACAUUUUCAUGAGUUCAAGCAUCGAUGGAACGAUAAACAUUUGGGACGUUCGAUUAAAUCAACCCGUUAUCCGAUUAGGUGUUUCUGAAGGAACACCACCGUGGUGUAUGUCACUGACAUGGUCCAAUGAUGGAGAUUUUAUUUAUGCCGGACGUCGUAAUUCAACAAUUGAAGAAAUAUCAAUCAAGAUGCCUCACACGAGAUCCAAAUCAGGUCAUCAUAAAGAUACAAUGGUUCCCAACGUCUCAAAACUAUUACAAUUUCCCAAGAUCAGUGGUCCCGUUAGUGCUCUAAGCACUAUGCCCAAUAAAGAUUUCUUGUUAUGUGGAUCAAAUGAUAAUAUCAGAUUAUAUAAUUUACGACUUUAUGAUGAUUUGAACAACGUGGAGGUGAAUUUGAAAAAGCAAGCAACGCCAUUUUUGAUUGUCCCUGGCCAUCAUGGUGGCAUGUUGUCGCAAUUGCAUGUUGACGAAACUGGUAGAUUUAUGGUUAGUGCUAGUGGAUAUAGAGGUUGGGGACACGGACAAUAUACUGAUACGGUAUUGAUUUAUGAAAUAGACUUUGAAUAA